ACUGCUUCCUGUCUACUCUGCUCCAUCUUCUGCCUGCUUUGCAGUUAUGGAUGCCUUCUCUACCCUGCUGCUGCAUCCCACACCUCCCACUCUUGGCACCCUUAACCUUCUGCUGCCUUUCCUUUAUGCUGCUGUCUGGGUCUUUGGGGUUGAUGUUGGAUAUGGGAGAAUUUUGAAACUGAUCAUUGCUGUCAGGAUGAAGGUGGGGAGGGGCAUUUUGAAGAUCUUUGUUUUGGCUGCCCAUGGACCCUGGGGCCUGAAGGGAGAGAAGAGAGAGCCUGCAGUGCUGGAACCUGGUAUGCUCCUGGAGGGGCCCCCUGGUUUAGAAAGCCCUGCGGUGAGUAAUUCUAUAGACCCUAAACUCAGUCGGGGACCCUCACCAUCCGUGUGCAACACUGAAUCUGCUGUCACUCUGUGCAUCCAAGUAGAGGACUGGUUCUCCCCGUCAGACCAUGUGUCAACAUAUGCAGAGUUUGUGCAGACACACAGACCCUCUGGAGAGUAUAUGUCUGAGUUUGAUGAAGAGGAGCAGUUUUAUGUGAACCUGGAUGAGAAGGAGAUGGUCUGGCAUCUACCAGAGUUUAUUCACACCUUUGACUCUGGUGCUCACAGGCAUAUUGCUGGCAUCGUCAUGGCAAGGAAGCACUUGAACACCCGGUUCAAUGACUCAGUCAAUGGCAGUAGGCUCCUUGGGUUCUAUCCCCUUUUGGAACCCCCCGAGGUCACUGUCUUUCCUAAGGAGCCGGUGGCGCUGGGCCAGCCCCACACCCUCAUCUGCCAUGUUGAUAAGUUCUUCCUGCCAGCACUGAACAUCACGUGGCUGCGCAAUGGGUCAGUCAUUGAGGGUAUUGCAGAGACCAUCUUCCUGCCUAGCAAGAAGCUCAGUUUCCACAGGUUCCACUACCCGAUCCUCCUUCCCACGGUCGAGGACACCUGUGACCUCCAGGGGGAGCACUGGCACCUGCACCAGCCUCUCCUCAGGCACUGGGAAGACAGGUAACUAAUCCGGGAACUAAUCCAGAUGCCUGAGACCAUGGAGAUGCUGGUCUGUGCCCUCGGCCUGCUGAUGGGCCUGGCGGGGAUCCUCAAUGGCACCAUCGUCUCAAAGACCAAGCGAUCUGACAGCAUCCCUGGGUCCAGGGGCUCCUGGCCUUUCCUUAUCUCCUUAUACCGUCAGUUCCCUAAGAGCACAUAUCCUGUUCCUGCAAUGUGGGUGCAGAUCCCUCAGUUUCUGAUCCUGCCAGGUGUUAGUCCAGAGAUUGUUCACUCCACUCUGGGUACUCCCUAA